ACAGGGUGGGGGUGGUGGGGGGUCAGGCGGCGGAGACUCCCCUUGUCGUUGUCGGUUGUGACGGUGGCACAGAUGGGCGCAACUCCCUUCAGCUGAGCCAGCGGUCGAUCCAGCGGCUGUCAUCCAAUGCUGUCUCUGAUCCGGCUGCCCACAGUUGGAACCAUCACGUCCUGCGAAUGACACUUGUCUAUCACUGGCACCAUGCUCCCCCGUAACAUGCGAACAGGUGGCUAUGACCUGCCGGGGGUGGAGUCAAACGAUGUGCCUCUCAUUGGCUACCGACCUUUAUCACCUGACAGAGGAACCCCAGUCAACCAGUCAGGGAGGAGGGGAGUCAGCGAUGAAUUGGAAACACCACAGGCAGAGCCCUCACCGAUGAAAACUACCUGGUAUUGUCCUCUGGAUUUGUCCACUGUAGUGGAGGAAGAGGAGGAUGGAGUAAUCUACACAGUUGUGGUCAAACAGCAACAUGGUGCUCCUAACAGUUCGAUGUCAGCCGUUUCUCGUUCUCAGUGCAUAAAAGCAGGGACAGAAGAGAAGCUGGUGCUCCACCUCCUUCAUUCAUUUGUUUUGGGUGACUCUUCCUUCAUCACUAUCUUCCUGUCCACCUACCGAUCCUUCACUUGCACUGAGAGAGUACUGGACAUUCUCACUGACAGAUUGGAGGACCCGCCUGGAGACGGUGAGAGAAGCCAGAUGAGACAAUCUUUCAACAAAGCGGUGUGCACAGUGUUCAGCACGUGGCUGUCGGAGUAUCCCGAGGACUUUAAGAGUCUGGGGGAGCCUUCUCGCCUGCUGCGUCUGGCCCCCCUCCUGCCUCAGGACUCUUUAUCUGCAGCUGACCUCCGCGCUCGAUUUCUCAGGAUAGCCGAGGAGCUUAGUGAGAAAGCCCUGCUCCCUGACACUUGGAGAGAUCAGUCCGGAUUCACCGGCCCUCCUCCCGAUGCUUCCAGGUUCGACCCCACAAGUGUCCUUGGUUACCCUGCAGUGCUCAUUGCUGAGCAGCUCACAAAGAUAGAAACCGAGCUGUUUGUCCGCCUGGUCCCGUACCACUGUUUGGGCUCACUGUGGUCACAGAGGGACAAAAAAGGGAGGGAAGGCGUUUGCUGGUCUGUCCGGGCCACCAUACGUCAGUUCAACAAGCUGGCUAAUGCAGUUUUAGCAUCCUGCCUCUGGCCUACGAAGCUCCGCAGCCAGCAGAGAGCACGACUGCUGGAGAAAUGGAUCAGUGUGGCAGAGGAGUGUCGAGCCAGGAAAAAUUUUUCCUCGUUGUACGCCAUUGUGUCAGCGCUGCAGAGUAACCCCAUCCACCGGCUGAGGAGGACGUGGCAGGAAACUGACAGAGAGGCGUUGAGGAGAUACGAGGAACUGUCUGAAAUCUUCUCAGACAAGGACAACUACUCACAUAGCAGAGAGCUGCUGAAGGAGGAGGGCACGUCAAAGUUUGCCAACCUUGACAACAAGCUCAACCUCAGACAUGUUAACAAGUCUAACGCUCAGGGCACCGUGCCCUACCUGGGAAUCUUCCUCACAGACCUCACCAUGCUGGACACAGCAGUCAAAGACAGGCUGGAUAAUGGCUACAUCAACUUUGACAAAAGGAGAAGGGAAUUUGAGGUUUUAGCUCAAAUCCGGCUCCUACAGUCUUCCUGCAAAAACUGCAUUUUCAUCGCUGAUGAGGCCUUCUUGCAGUGGUAUCACAGCGUACCCACACUAACAGAGGAGCAGAGUUACAGAUUGUCCAAUGAAAUCGAAGCUCCCAGUGAACCGAGUCCUCGUGGCCUUACUCCAACAGUCAUCAUCACACAGUGCCCAGACCUGAGUACCUCCCACAGCAGCCUGGCUGGUGAUAGCGACAGUCUCUUUGACGUUCAGUCACCAGUAAACAACUUUCUCUCAAAACUCACAAAGCACAUGAGAUCUCCAUCUGUGUCCUGUCUGGAUGUCGACACAUCCCCUCCAGCCAAUGACUCCACCCCUGCCACACUGACUCCAUCCACUCCAACAAAAUCCCACCGCCGGUCGGCUUCUUGUGGCAACAGCCCCCCCAACAACAUCCAGGGGUCGGGACCCGACAUGCGGAUCAUCAGAAUACGGAUGGACCUGCAUGAUGGAAACCUCUACCGAAGCAUAUUGGUUACAAGCAAUGACAAGACUCCCACUGUGAUCAGCUCUGCCUUAGAGAAGCACAAUCAGGAUCCCAAACAGACAUCCAGAUAUGAGCUGAUCCAACUACUGCCUGAAGGAAAAGAACUGGUCAUUCCCGCUACAGGAAAUGUUUUCUACGCCAUGACCUCAUCUAGCGUUGACUUCCUGUUAAGAAAGAAAGGCGGGAACACCCCACUUGGCUCCCAGUCAAUCAGCACAGAAACGAGCGCCACGUUUCCUCGAAUCAAGGCCAAGGGGCGGAGACUGGUCCGCACUUUAUUUUGACUUGAACCUCAGAAUUGUAGGACAGGCUCUCACACACAGUACAUGUGGCCUUUUCUGUGCAGCACAAGUGUACACAUGCCUUCCUUUGACGCUCCGACCAAGUCUCUUCUGCCAAAACACCACGAUCAAGUCAGCUUGUAUUUUUAAUCGACUCCACGCAGCAAGGCGUGGAACAUUUCCCACCUCCAGCUGCUGUGUUCACCAGAGCCAUCUGCUGCAGAAAAAGUGUCAGUUCUCUCAUUUUUCAAACAGUAUGCUUCACAAAAUUCACACCUACAGGAAGAGCAAUUGAGGCCUUUAACUGAGUUCUUCUGGUGCUGGCUCUCAAAUCCCUGACAGGUAGCACUUCUAGGAGCUCUAAAGUAACUGUGGCAUAAGGGUAGCAAAACACUGGAUCAUGUUGAUUAGAAAAUAUACAUGUUUUGUAUAUAUUUAUAUAUUUUAUAUUGUCUGUAUAACAGUGUUGAGUUCUCACUGGCAACCAGCUGUUGUUCCAUGUUUGGCAACUGAUUUAUCAAGAGGGAAAAAUUCCAUCAAACACCUUUAAGAUUUGACACAGCUCAGCAUAUGUCCAGACAAUGUGAAUCAUUUAAGCUCUUAGUCAAGCAGAUGCAUUUCAGCAUAAAGACAAAGCUGCAUUAAUCAAUGUCAUACAUUUGCAUUAAAUACUUUGUUUCUUUUACAAACUGCCAGAGAAUUGUUACCCACUCUGCAGCUCAGCUUUUUUAGCACCUUGUUUUGGUAUUACAGACUGAAAAUAUGCAGUCCCUGCAGCUUCUCUUGAUUGGUCCUCUGCACACUUAUAUCAGCAACCAGCAUAAUUACUCAGCAGGCCAUCUAGUAGCCCCACACAGCAAAAGUGACUAAAGAAAGACUACUAAGCAGUCGGCAGAAGCUAUAUUAUAGCUCUCAGACAGUAGAGCAGGUCGUCCAAUGAUCGGAAGGAAGGUCGGCGGUUCGAUUCCCACUCCUGCAAUCAUCUGUCAUUGUGUCCUUGGGCAAGACACUUAACCCUCCUUGCCUCCAGUGUUGGCAUC